AUUACAAGUUUAAUUGGUUGGUCUUCCUGUUACUGUAUUCCGUACCACACUAGAAAUAACAUUUGGAGUUGUAUCCAUAUCUUUCAGUUUCACGGACUCUCACUCUCGGCGGCCGACUCUGCCACCGACGACGACGGCAGCGGCGGCGGCGGCUUGGUUUCGCCUAUCACCACCGACGGCGACGAUAAAUUCUCACCGUCGCGUUCUCGUCCAUCCGGUCUCCGGUUUCUCCGUCUCGUCUCCACCACUCACAGACGUCCACCUCUUUGUCUCGCGGCCUUCUUCCGAUAUCGCCGUCCUCGCUUCACUCCGUCCUACGAAAUCACUAAAUGAGGCUCUUUCGCCUGAGAAAUAGAGGAUUCUGAUUUAAUUUGCAGUUAAUGAGAGAAACAUAAAAAAAAUUUGAAAAAAAAAAUGUUUGCUUCCAGUUCAAUUACAGGCUUAGCUCGUGCUUUUCACCGCAAAAUCACAAGGGAUUCUUUAGUCCCGUUCUGUCGCCUAGCCCAUAAAGUCUCGGAUAUUUCCUUGUCGGCCACUUUCUUUAAACGAACCCUUGCAUGCAUUGCAUGUAUGCAUAAGCAAAGCUACAGCGUAUCAAGGCCUCUUCUAGAAGUGCCAUAUGCAAUCUCUGCAUUGGAUUUUUCAUUGGUACAGAGAAGAAAUAUGCUUGUGGCCCAGAGCAAUUUUAGAAAAUGGAUAUUUUCUAGGUACAAUAGUAAUACAUCAGUUCAGCUCAAGACAGACAGUAAUAUUAUCAAGUUUUCAAUUGGAACUCAUAAUGGUUCUUCACCAAAAGGGAAGAAGACAACCAAACAAGUGAAAAUGUCCAAGAAGGCUAAACUGAAUGAACUAAGAUUCUAUCGUUUGAAGGCCAAAAAGAAGAUGAAUUCCCCAAAUCCAGAAGUUAGGAUUAGAUAUAAACUGGAAAAGGCAAAACGGAAGGAAACAUGGUUGAUUGAGAAGUUGAGAAAAUUUGAGAUUUCCAAAGCUCCAGCUGAAACAUAUGAUCCUGAAAUCCUAACCGAGGAAGAGAAACAUUACCUUAAGCGUACUGGGGAGAAAAAGAAGCAUUAUGUUCCGGUUGGGAGGCGUGGAGUGUUUGGGGGUGUUGUUCUCAAUAUGCAUCUUCACUGGAAAAAUCAUGAGACUGUAAAGGUAAUUUGUCGGCCUUGUAAGCCAGGGCAAAUUCAUGAAUAUGCAGAAGAGCUUGCUCGCCUGAGCAAAGGAAUCGUCAUUGACAUAAAACCUAACAACACCAUAAUCUUUUACCGGGGAAAGAAUUAUGUGCAGCCAGAGAUGAUGUCACCUCCAGAGACCCUUUCUAAAAACAAGGCCUUGGAAAAGUACAAGUACUUGCAGUCACUUGAGCAUACAAGUCAGUUCAUUGAAAAGUUGGAGAAAGAGCUGGAAGAGUAUCAUAGGCACCUUGCUCGGUAUAAGCAAGGAAAAACAUAUUCAUCGCAAGAUUUUGUGGAUAAUAAAUUAUAGAUAAAUAUAAAUUAUUUAUACAUAGUGUUUUUUGGAUGAAUAUUUUUGAAAAUUAUCAAUGGUACAAUCAAUUGAGAUUUUACAUUA